CGGACCGCGGAAGUAAGCGACACCGGAAGCGACUCCAAGACGCAAUCAUGGCGGUCGCCUGGUGCCUGCGCUGGGGCCUGAGCCGAGCUAGACCCUGGCUGCUGCCGCCGCCCACGCAUUGCCCCCGCCGGGAUUUGCACAAGCAGGUAGACGGCACCGAGUUCCAGAGCAUUUACAGCCUGGACAAACUCUACCCGGAGUCGCGGGGUUUGGAUACUGCCUGGAAGGUCCCGGAUGAUGCAAAGCAAGCCAACAGUGACAUUCCUCUAGAUCGCUUGACAAUAUCUUAUUGUCGGAGUAGUGGUCCUGGAGGCCAGAACGUUAACAAAGUGAAUUCCAAGGCUGAAGUCAGGUUCCAUUUGGCAACUGCCGACUGGAUCGCAGAGCCUGUGCGGCAGAAGAUGGCCAUCACGCAUAAAAAUAAGAUCAACAAGUCAGGAGAGUUGAUACUCACCUCUGAAUGCAGCCGCUAUCAGUUCCGAAAUCUGGCAGAUUGCCUACAGAAAAUUCGAGAUAUGAUCGCAGAGGCCAGCCAGACAGCCAAGGAGCCCUCCAAAGAAGAUGCCGUACUAAAGAGAAUCAGGAUAGAAAACAUGAAUCGGGAAAGGCUGAGACAAAAGAGAAUCAAUUCUGCCAUAAAGACAAGCAGAAGGGUAGAUAUGGACUGAAUCAUCCUCCAGAGCUGGCAGACACCCCCCUUGGGCGUCCAGGCAGCUGCGGCCAAGAGAGCCGUUAGGCCGUCAGGAGACUGAUGUGUUGUUUGUGGCUGUCAAGGCUUGUCUCUAACAUCGGAGCCUCCAGAGAACCUUCGUUCAGAUGAGGGUUGCAGGCACUGGUUGCAGAGGUCUUUAUGGGCAAUUCUAGGUGGUCAGACCUUAAUUAUCCACUUAAUGUUUCGCUGGAAUAAAAUCCUAAAUGCAGUGGCAUCUCUUUUCCUUCAGAAUGCUUCAGAACAGAAUUCCUACCUUUUCUCUCCGUUGACAUCUGCCUAACACUUACUGACUGUCACUGACUAGUUGUCACAACCUGGGGGAACAGGAAUGAGUGUUCUGUCUGCCCUCAAGGAACCCACUGUCAGGUAGAAAGACUGGGACAGGUGAGUGGGCAUCUGAGCCGGGCCUCGAUAAAGGUAUAGGAUCUUAAUCAGUGGAGAAGGGCGGAGGAUAUGCCACUGAAGGGAACAGUGUGGAUAAAGGAGACCAAAGAAACGGCCGGGGUUGGGGAGCAGGAAACGAUGAGGAAGCCAUCUGAAUGGGAGGUCGUGAGAGGGAGACAGA